CUUUUUUAAAUUCCUUUGUUGUGCUACCAAAAAAAAUCGCAAAGUCAAAACAAAGACGUUUUGUUGUAAACAACAACAAAUAUCUUCUCAUAUCUUACUGAUCCUUUCAUUUGUAUUGUGUGCAUAGAGCAACAUAGGCGAAAUGACGCGAAUUAUAAUCGAAGUAAACAAAAAUUGUUCAAUGCAACCCAGUAGGAAAUAUAAUUGGAAAUGAUUAUGGAUUGUGGGCUUAUAAGUCUGUUCGACUCUGAUGACGGAAAUCACGAAGCAGACAAAUCCAAUAACAACCGUCCAGUUCGAGGUAAUGCACCGAAAGUUCGAAAAAGUUCUGCAAAAAACAAUAAGGGCACACAUAAAAGAAACAGUGAAAGCGGAAGCGGAAGCAGCAGUAGCAGCGAUGCAGAAAUAGAUUUGCAAAAUAAUAAAAUUAUUAUCGAUUUUGAUCAGGGUAUUUUACCACCGGAACCACAAUUGGGAAAUAUUGAGUACAAACUGAAAUUAAUUAGUCCAUCGAAGCAUCGCUUUGAACAUCUUGUAACUCAAAUGAAAUGGAGACUGCGCGAAGGAAAUGGAGAAGCAGUUUAUGAAAUAGGAGUAUCUGAUUCAGGGCAUUUACAUGGACUCAACGAAAAAGACAUGAGUGCCUCCUUAGCCACACUAAAACAAAUGGCCCAGAAAUUAGGCGCCAGUACCUCAGUUUUACGUCGAAAAUAUAUAGCAACAAGACGAUCCGUUGCCGAAGUUUUAGUUCGUAAAAUACCUGAUGAUCAACAUAAUAUAGAAAUUCGUGUUGCUGUACUGGGUGGCGCGGAGGCAGGGAAAUCCACACUGCUCGGUGUACUGACACAAGGUGAAUUCGACAAUGGCAGGGGUUUGGCACGACUUAUUAUGUUUAGACAUAUGCACGAAAUACAAUCGGGUCGCACUUCAAGUAUAUCACAUGAGACACUGGGCUUCGAUUCGCAGGGUACAAUCAUAAACUACAAAUACAAUGAGUUGAUGACUGCCGAGGAAAUUAGCGAUCGCUCCACAAAAUUGGUAACAUUUCUAGAUUUGGCUGGUCAUAGACGCUACAUGCGCACAACCGUGCAGGCACUAUUAGGCUACUCCCCCCACUAUGCCAUGUUAGUAGUGUCAGCAGGCAGCGGCUGUACUGGCACUAGUAAGGAGCAUCUAUCUAUUGUUCGAGCCUUGGAUAUGCCAUUCUUCGUUGUUGUUACCAAGACCGAUAUAACGAGUCCGGAACAAACAGUACAAGAAUUAAGACAAGUUCUUACAUCGGUGGGAUGUCGAAAGAUGCCAUUUAUUGUCACAAAUGAAGAUGAAGCUAUCUCAGCAGCCUCUAAUCAAGUGUCCGAAAAUAUUGUUCCCAUAUUUUGUGUUUCGAACGUUACCGGCGCAGGACUUAGUCUUGUCACAAAGUUUCUCUACGUACUUUCACCGAGUAUAAGUAAUCUUGAAAAAGAGCGUCUAGAACAGGAAUCAAGUGAAUUUCAUAUCGAUGAAAUUUUUCGAGUAACCGAAGUUGGUCCAGUUGUUGGCGGCUUACUCGUAAAGGGAGUUCUCACGGAAAAUAUGCAAAUGAAAAUUGGACCUUUAGCUGACGGUAGCUUUCAUACUGUUACUGUACACACAAUUCAUCGGAACAAAGCGCCGUGUAGGAUGGUGCGUGCGGGGCAAAGCGCUUCUUUAUCAUUUUUACCAAAUCAGACGCUGCCGCCACUUAGAAGUGGCAUGACAUUGUUGGGCGAUACCGGCGAUCCUGAAGAGGCACCGUACGGUACACUUCUAUUUCAAGCAGAAGUAUCUGUUCUAUUUCACGCUACAGCAAUAUAUGUAGGUUUUCAGACGACUAUACACAUAGGCAGCAUUCGACAAACCGCAAUUAUUCGAGCAAUAGAGGAGCGUGAAAAAAUGGGUACGAAUGAUAGCGCUUUGGUGUUGUUUGAAUUUGUUGGACAUCCCGAGUAUGUGCGGCCAGGCGUGCGCAUAUUAUUUCGUGAAGGCACAAGCAAGGGCAUCGGUGUUGUAACAAAAGUUUUCCCUCUCAACAAAUCCGCCGGAUAAAUUAAUUUCAAUAUGUAAAUAUCCACUAACUAAAAUUUUGUUUGAAAAUUUAAAAGGUAUUAUAUGUGUUAUCUUUACCUAUACCUCAAUCACUUUAAUGUAAUUAAAUUUUUUAAUAUACAUAUAGUUGAAUGUG